AUGUCCCGCCGAGCACCACCCCGCGACUACGACGAGGAAGAUGAAUUCUACGAGAUAGAACGAGAGCGCGAACGAGACCACAGACCGCGCCGACGAGAUCGCAACUAUGAGGAAGAUGUUGAAUAUCGUCGCCGGAGGUCCGAGCCUCUGGUGGAGGAUAUGGAGCGUAUACACAUCCGAGAACGUCCCAGGCGAGAAUUUAUGGAAGAGCGCUUUGCGCCGCCGCGAGGAAGGGAUGAUAUGGUUCACAUGCGACCAAGAGAGGAGGUAGAUAUGGUCUCGCCUGAGCGAUAUAUGCCUCUAGAGCGCGAUGAUCCCUACAUGCGGCCGGCUGGGUCCCGGCAUAGACCUCGUCCUCGUGAAGUGGACGAGGAAGACAUGAUAUUUGAGGAACGGGAGAUACGCCGGGGUAGCCGACGUCAUCCGCGAGAUAUUGACGAGGAUUCGAUUUUCGAGGAGAGAGAAAGACGCGGGGACAGGAGGCAUCGCCCUGCACGAGAGCGAGAACUCGAUAGUGAUAUUUUCCCCGAUGAAAGUAAAAUGCGUGGACUAAGGAAGCCUCGUCCUGAACGAGAGCGAGAAGUCGAAGGCAGUGUCUUCAUCGAGGAAAGAGAAAGGCGCAGAGAUAGAAGGCGCCGCCCGGAGAUAGCAUCCGAAGAGGAUUUUCUGUCUGAGGAAAGACCAAGGGAAAGAGGGAGUGGUAGGAUGCGUCGUUCGGAGCCAGCAUAUGAGGAGGACGAGGAACUUCUUGUCGAACGGGAAAGACGCCGAGGAAGUAGGCGCCACCCGCGGGAAUUUGAAGAGGAUGAUUUGAUCAUUGAAGACAGAGAAAUACACAGAGGGAGCAGGCGUCACCCGGAACGAAGGUCUGAAGACGAUCUUCUCUAUGAAGAGAGAGAAAAGCGCCACCGCAGGCGACGUGCAGAAAGGGAAUUUGAAGACAACCCCUUGGUUGAAGAGCGGGGAAAACAUGGAGGAAGAAGACACCGCCCAGAGCGGGAAUUAGAGGAAGAGGAAAUGUUCAUUCGGCGGAAAGAAAGAGAAGAGCCUCCUUUACGUCGCGGAUGGGACAGUGAACUCGACAUUCGAUCGCGUGAAAGAAGAUUGGAGUUCGAGGAAGAGCCCUACCACCGACCACGGCCACGGCCUCCACCCCAAAGGGUCGAGGUGGAAGAGGUCCUGCUUGACAAUGCGCCUCCCGAGCGACGCCGAGGCCCAGUCGAUUUUCCAGAUCUAGAAGUGGAAGAUGACGUGGUCGUCCGGCAGAAGGAGAAGGGACCACGACCAGUCGACCGUGUUGAUGAAGAGGAAAUGGUUAUACGCGGGCGAGAAAAACGGCGCAGUGUACCUUCGGAGGAUCUCGAACGCGAAUUAAGAGGUCUUCGGCGAGAAGGUAGGGGCCGGAUUCCACUGGACGAAGAGCUUAGCGCGAGCUCGCAGUUUGACUCCAAGUCAGGCACCAGAGAUACUGAAGAGGUUAAGGAAGAGAUCAUGAUUCGGAAGUCAAAGGACAAGCUUUCAUCUCGCCAGCCGUCACCUUCUCUGGAUUCGAUACAUGUACCCCCAAUCCACCAGGACGUGUUCACCCACCAUACGCACAUUGACCAUGGCUAUAAAGACGUUCAUACACCUCGUGUGCGUAGUCCGCAACCGCGGUCCCGGAGAGAUAGUUUUGAUGAGAUUGAUAUUAAACAUCGAAAAAUGCGAGGUGGACGAGUGUCAGAGGAAAAUAUAGUCCUCAAACACAGUGAUAGUGAAGAGUCUCUGACUCCAGAAGACUCAAUAUCUCCCACUAGCGGCCCAACUGUUGAUUUCAAGGACCCAUGGGAGCGAGAAACAAUAUCCGCAACACGUCGUCGGCCCAAGUCACUGGAAGACGAGAGCGAGUCAGAUUACAGCUCCGGAAUAAGCGAUGCUCCUUCCAUGCGCGAAGUGGAAAGGGAUAUAAUGAUUGAGAGCACCCGCGUAGUGAACAAGGGCCCCAGAGGCGCGGAUGAGUGGUCAGUGGUGCAUGCUCCAUCUCCUGACGAAGCCAUCGAGAUGACCGGAGCUCUGGACGUUGUUGAGGUCAAACCCCGACAUUCGCCGGUGGACGAAACAGAAGUGGGACGAGUUGCUCAGCAGGUCACGGACUCGGAGGAGACACGAAACGAUCGGUGGACGGAAAUUGCGAAGAGAUUGGUAGUGAGGGAAGCUAUUGAGCAGAUGGGAUUUGAGUACGAAGAGACGAGGACAUGCUAUUACAUCUUCUCGUACCUUAAGUCGGAUGACAUAGAUGAGCUUGUCGAGUUGUCCGAUGAGAUUCGAAGUGCUCGUCGCAGACGCAUUCGUGACAUACAGCGGGAGCGGGCCUCUGUUCCUGACAUCGUACCCCAUAUGAGACCUCGUCCUUCCCCGACGGUGAAUGCAUCGCGCGAUGAAUACAACGCGCGGGCUGCAUUUGAGUAUAUAAGUAGCUGGAGACCAGAACAAACGAUGUUCUCUCAUUCAGACACCCACGCGCAAGCCCUCACCGUCUUUUUUCCCGAUCCAGACCUACCUUCACGUGAUGAAUAUUACACUCCCCCCGGCCCCGGGAAUUCCUCGCAAUUGAGUCGCUCCUCCACGGUCGUUCGUGUGAAUGAUGAGAAUUUCAAUAUCCCGUGUCCUCAGCGGGAGAUCAUCCUACGCCAGCUCAGGAAAGCUCUGUUAGAGCAACCAGUCCCCUCCCCACUAUGGGCGGUUCUCCAUGUAUGCGAUCUCGAGAGCCUUCAAUGGAUUCUACAGCUCGCCCGCCUCUCACUGAAAAUCAUCGAGAGCAUUGCUCAGGUUAUCUGUACUAUUUCAUUCAAAUGGACGGUGCUACCACCUACCUCCCAAUCGGAAUCGGAACAACCAUACUUGCCUGCUAGUUUCAAUUCCCCUGCUAGUUUCAGCCCACCUGCUAGUUCCAGCCCACGGCCACGUGCUCCCCCCGUUGCAAUUUACGCUGCCAGACAACGGGAUGGAUACAAGUGUGUCAUCACAGGCACCCGCAAGAUUUACCAAACGACUCCGAUCUUCCCAGCUAGCGCAUUGGCCUCCAACUUGAAGAAUGAUCCACAGGCUCCUAACAUUUGGAGAUUCGCCGAUGUUUUCUGGGGAAAGGUUAGAACCGAAAGAUGGAGACAGGCCGUUUUUAACGACCCAACGCAGCCCGAAAAACCUGUUAGUGAUUGUACUAAUCUGAUCUGCCUUCGGAGAGACCUUCGGUCUGCAUGGUCAAGUGGUUUGUUUGCCCUGCGUCCCGUCUCGGUCUCUGAUGAUGAGACCGAAAUGGAAAUUGAGUUCUACUGGCAGCCGAGGCCAGACCACAAGCUUUACGACAUGGUUGAUUUAUCCAAGCAGCCCAUGUCUAACAAGAACAUCUCCAGCGUGGAUCGACUGGUCGUGAUGGUAGGAGAGCGUGGGGAACCAUCAUAUCAUGCUAUUGAAUCCGGCCACAGAUUCAAAAUGACAACCGACAACCCCGCUGAGCGACCGCUUCCGAGUUUCGACUUGCUGGACAUGCAGUGGCAUUUCACUCGAAUGGUCGGCUUGUGCGCUGUGGGCACUUUCUUCGAUGAGGAUAGCGAGGAUGGAUGUGAUGCCAAAUCCGACAUUACUGCCCACAUUACUACCCAACCAGAGCGGCCGUCCACCCCGCCAAACCUGGUCACUCCGUCAAACGAGGACGUUCUGGCCUGGGUUGAAUCUGUGUCGGUCGAUUCCGAUUACGAUUCCCCUCCCGGUUCAGAAUUCGUGGAGGAUAUCAAUGAAUUGACGAUUGGCCCUCUGCCAGGGUCCGGCACCAACCGUUCGCGCAGUGUUAGCCAGAGUUCGAAGAGUUCAGAGAAGACAGCAAAGUUGUGUCCGGCGGAUUCAGCAAGUGUGGAAAGUUCAAGCAGCGUGAUUGAGAUGAUCUCCAGAACUGGGAAUCUAUCCAUCGGCUUGCAACGUGAUAGUUAA